AAGUUUGGUGAGCGCGUGGCGUCAGCGCGGGUUGGUGGCGCAGCCAGUGGGUAGGGGCAGUAAGUGCGCGAGACCGAGGAUAGCUCUCUCGUGGCUGCUUCCUGUCUGACGGGUGUUCCUGGGCCCCGUCUUCGCUUCGUGGCCGGAGAUCCAGACCGCGCUCGGCUUCAAGCCGCCAACUUGUGGGUGCGUCCGCCCGAGAUCCUCUGCGAGGGCGGAGCCAGGCUGGAAUAUGGCCGCGUCGGGCCUGGAUCAUCUGAAAAAUGAUUAUAGAAGAAGAUUUUGUCGACCUUCCAGGGCACCUGACAUUAAUGUGGAGCAAGGCCAGAAUAUACUGGAAAUCUUACAAGAUUGUUUUGAAGAAAAAAGUCUUGCCAAUGAUUUUAGCGCUAAUUCUACAAAAUCGGUGCCUUAUUCAACACCCAAAAUAAAGGACACUUGUAUUCAGUCACCAAACAAAGAGCGCCAGAAAUCCCAUCCAAAGGCACUUCCACCUUCUUCAAGAAAGAAAGAAGGCUGUUUGCAGCUUGUUGUAGAACCAAAUGAAGAUGUCAGCAAAUCAGUUCAGGCCCAUGAAGUUUAUCAGAAAAUUCUGGCAACUGAUGUUGGUUCUGAAAAUACAGCUCACUUGAAAAAUGUGUCAAGUAGAAAACAAAAUGACCAUCACAAUGAAGCUGAUGAGGAAUUUUACUUAUCUGUUGGCUCAUCUUCUGUUGUUUUGGAUUCAAAGACAUCUUUAUCGCAAAAUGCUGUUCCAUCUAUUGCCCAAAAGAGAGAGACUUAUACUUCUGAAAAUUCACUAAAUAUGCUGUCUUCAAAUACAGAGAGUUCUUGUAAAACCAAAAAAAGGUUAAACUUUGAAGAUAUUUUGAAGAAAGUAGAAAUAGAGGAUAAAGUAUUAGAAGGACCACAAGGGAGGAAACCCUCAGGAAGAUCUCAGAAAAGAACACAAGAUUCAGGAUAUGAAAUUCAACCACAAGCUAAAAAGAGUUUUUCAGUAUUGUUUUUAGAAACUGUAAAAAGGAAAACUGAAUCUAGUUCUGUUAUUAGGCAUGUAGCAGCUGAUCCACCUCAUUCUACUCCAAAUGAUGUGAUGUUAGAGGAUGAAUUUAUAAUUGACGAAUCAGACAUAAGUUUUGGCAGUCAAUCUUUGAUUAAGAUACCAAGAAAUGUUAAGCCUCCGAAACAAUGCACAAUAUCCCCUGUUGAGAGCACUGUGGUCCUACAAGGAAAGAAAUCAAGAAAAAAGCAUCACAAUGUAACAUCUGAGACACUGACAAGUGAUAAAAAUUCAUAUAAAGCUAACCCAGAAGAGAAAUCUCAGCCCUCUGAAGGAAAAAAAGUAGGUGAAUCUUGUGCUUUAGCAGAUAAAAUGGAGAAUAGUUGUAAAUCUACAAAAGAUGCAUUGUAUUCUGAGAAUACAGAAAAGUCAUCUGAAAAUAAAGGAACUAUAAAACAAAAUCGGAGAAGAAAAGUUAAGGCCAAUGUAGUUGAAGAACGGCUUGAUAUGGAACAACCUAAAGAUAAAAAUAUAAAUACGUCACUUACUACCCAAGACAAGUUACAAAGAAAUUCAGACAAAAGUACGGAAGUGUGUGAAGAGAUGAGAAAUGACCAUAUUUCCAAAACACAGAUGACACGUGUGGGAAAAAAGAAGAGUAGAACCCAUGUUCCUAUUAAAGAAAAUCAGAAAAAAGUUAAGGAAGAAUUCAAAAACAAGUAUUUUUCAAAUGGGCCAAAGAAGAAGAAUCUUGUACCUAAAGAAGCGACUUUGACUAUCACAAAAAGUCAAAGAAUUUCCAGGCGGCCAUCUAAUUGGUGGGAGGUAACAUCAGAGCAUAGUCCUGUUGGUAGCAGUUCAUCUUUAAUAAAAAAUGAAUUACCAUUGCAUCACAAGAGCAGACAAAAACUUGCUGAAAAAAAUCAGUCAUCUAAGAAUACUAGGAGAGAAACUACUGCAUUUAAAAGGCGAAAGACAGCUACUCAAGGCAGCUCAAGAGCACAGACUUUUUUAAAUGCUAAAGAUUCUGGAGGUAUUAUUGACCAUGAUGAAAUUUCCAGUUCCCAGAAUGAGUCAUUGGAAAGUGAUGAGGCAAACCUGGCUAAGAAGAAACAUCUUGAUUGUUCUGGAGCUACAGGAAGCUCACAGAAUCAACACAGUUCAGAUAGUAUUUCAACUGAGCAAAAUGUUCGUCUGAAGUCUCAGACCAGUGGAUAUACAUGGAAGAAAGGAUCAGAUUCUAAAAAGCUGGGGACUUCAGUUUUAGAAGGAAGUGGGCCUUCUAAGCUCCAGAAAUAUAUGAUGUCUGGAAAGAAUAAUUCUGAUAUGGGUAGAAAGGAAGCUCAGGAAAGUUCAGAUGACUCAAGAGUGAAAAGAUCUAAAGUGAUACUAGAGAACAAAAUACAUCACAAAUUAGUAUUGCCCUCCAAUACACCAAAUGUUCGCAGGACCAAGAGAACACGAUUGAAACCUUUGGAAUACUGGCGAGGGGAGCGAAUAGAUUAUCAAGCAAGUCAAUCAGGAGGAUUUGUGGUUGGUGGAGUACUGUCCCCAGACACAGUGUCACCUAGAGGAAAGAAGGCAAAUAGAAAAACAGGAAAAGUCAACAAAAUAACUAAUAAGAAAAGGAUCUGUCAUGAUAGCGGUGAAAGAAAGAAUAAAUUAGUGGCAAAUCUGAAUAUACCUCUAGGAGAUCCUUUUCAACCAACGAGGGUAAAGGACCCAGAAACAAGAGAAAGCAUUCUAAUGGAUCUUGUAAGGCCACGAGAUACAUAUCAAUUUUUUGUUGAGCAUGAGGAGUUGAGAGUAUAUAAAACAUUGGAUACACCUUUUUUUUCUACUGGAAAAUUGAUAUUAGGGCCAUGUCAAGAAAAGGGAAAGCAGCAUGUUGGCCUAGAUACAUUGGUUUUCUAUGUUGACUUUGGUGACCUUUUAUGUACCUUACAUGAAACACCUUAUCUAAUCACUACCGGGGAUUCAUUCUAUGUUCCUUCAGGUAAUUAUUACAACAUCAAAAAUCUCCUGAAUGAGGAAAGUGUUCUUCUUUUUACUCAGAUAAAAAGAUGAAAGUUUAAGCAAAGCUUAAACGUGUAUAUGUAUAUAUAACAGUUUGUACAGUUGGAACAUUUGUAUUUGUAAUCACUUGUGAUGUUUUUAAAAUAAAAAAUUCAGUUUAGUGAUUACUUGUAUCAGAUAAACAUUUUCAACCUCUUAUAUGUGUCUUCUGAUUUUUCCAUAAAUAUUACAACAACAACAUUGCAUUGGGCAAAUCUGCUGCAAAAGACUGCUUUAAAGUGUUAAAAAGCAAAGAUGUAACUGAUGAUUAAGGUGCUCCUGACCCAAGCCAUGGCCUGUAGUGAUGCCUGUGUUUAUGAUCCUUUAGUGAUAACAUGCGAAGAAUACCAAAAUCACUGUUCCCACAGGGAAAUCAAAUACUAGUUUUCUUUCAGAGGAGAUCUGAUUCAUAUGCCCAUUUAUUUAGAAAAAUCUUUUCUGAAUAUUACUUUUAAAUCAUUAAUCAUUAAAUAAUCCAACAAUAGGGAACUGGUACAAUAAUAGGGAAAUGGUACAUUGGAAUCACAUCUAUUUAAACUAUUAUGUAUAAACUUUUUUUUUCCAUCAUGUUUCUGCACAACUUUAAUGCUAGAGGUGGUAACUUUUGCCAUUUCUUUCUGUGCUUGCUCCCUGCACCAUUUUAAUAUUUAAAAAAAAAUUAAUAAAUGUAGGCCGAACAGUUUAAUUUUUAUUUCUUUUGUGUGGAUAAAUGUAAUUACAGUGACCUCUGAAGAAGUUGUUUCAUGGUGAAUAAUCCUUAGGCCUACCCUCUUUUUAGAGCUAUAUUUAAUGUUAAAUACAGUGUAUAAAUAUAUAUAUAUAUAGAGUGUGUGUGUGUGUCUGUGUGUCUGUGUGUGUAGGGGGAACACUGGAGA